AUUACCAUAGUGCAUGAUUAGAAUAAUUGGAAAACAGAGAUUUCUUAACAUAAAUAGAUAAAGCCAGGUCAAAACGUGACAAACGAAUACAACUGUUGGUGGCAGAAUCGAAAUUAAUCCACAAUUCUCUCUAUUCCCCGCCGAAAAUUUCAGUCUCAUCGAAAGCACAAAAACCCUUACGUCACUUCCUGAUAAAGUUACGAAAACACCCCUACACUCUCUGUCUCAGUCAGGGAAAGAUAAUGGAGAUGGAGACGGAGACAGAGACGGAGUCCGAUGAAGAUAUGGAGAUGGAGACAAUGGUGUUUGAAGUGACUGAAAUUGAUUUGGAGUAUGAGUUUGAUGCUUCUCGUUGGUUUGAUUUUACUCGAGAGGAGUUGUCUUUGGAGUCUUGUGCUGCUGAACUUUGGUUCGAGACCGCUCAGUCUUAUCCACCGUCUCCUUUUGCAAUGAAAUUGUUAAUGAGAGAGGAGGUUUUUUCUGAUGAAAAGACUGAGUCUUUGUCAAAAUCAGAUGAUGGGGAAGUUAUAGUAGAUGUUCAGGAGAGUGACAGAGACAUCACUCAGCAACCAGAUGUGAAUGAAACAGGAAAUGGAAUGAAGUCGGGGGUGUUUACUUUUAUUCAAGGUGGUACUUUGAACAAAGUUCCAAAUCAGUCCUUACAUAAAGGACCUACAUUUAGCAAUCGGAUUCAUUCUGAUAAACUGAAAUGUAGACCGAAGUCAAGCAUCCGGCCUAUACCGAGAAGCUCGACAUUGAUGAAGCCUACUGCUAGUGUAUUAGCAAAACAAGAUAAUGCCAGACUCCAUAUGCAAGUGGAUGAAAUUAAGUGUCCUUCAUCUGAAAUUCAAUCUGCUAAAAGACAGAAGCUCGAUGGUGGUCUACUUCGUAAGGUUGCUGAAGCCACGCAGGAAACGAAUUUGGUCCACAAGGCACUCAAGAAGGAUCUUGAUAGAAACUCACUACAUGCUAGGAUGAAGAUUACUGUCCCACAAGAGCCUGAUUUUGCAACAUCACAUAGAGCAAAUAGGAUAAGGCACAAGAACGAUGCUAAGUUGGACCAGGACUCAACAUCAGUAUAUAGGUUCAAAGCGCGCCCCUUGAACCGAAAAAUCUUUGAGGGUCCAUCAUUGCCCAUUCGGAAAAACACCACUCCUAAACUACCAGAAUUUCAAGAAUUUCGCUUAAAGACUUCCGAAAGAGCUAUGCAACAUUCAUCAGCAGUAUCAACACCGUUUUAUCAGGGAACUAGUUAUCGUAAGGAGUCAGAUAAGCCUAAUAGGACAGCAUUUCUUGACGGUGUUAACAGGGAACCAAGAAGACCAAGAGCUAUGGAUAUACCUAAGGAUGAUGAUAGAAAACACCUCUUCAAAGCUCGUCCUCUUAACAAUAAGAUACUUUCAAGUGGGCGAGACAAUGGCAUUUUCGGAAAAAGCAAGCGAGAAACUACAGCUCCCUUGACUCAAACGCAGGGGUUUAGUUUUCACUCGGAAAGGAGGGCUCAACCGGAUUUGCCAACAGACCUUUUCAGUAAGCUCUCUUUAUCAUCCGAACUCCGGCCUAACAAUGGUUCUCGCUUAAGAUUUCCUCAGCCUGAACAAGUAAAGGGUUCAAAGGAAAAUAGACUGAACUCCUUUCAAGCAGGGAAUGAAAGAACAAGCAAGUUUACGGGAAAACCGAUGGUACAACACGGUGUAGUUCCUGAAACUAGCCGGCAAUGGACUUCUAGGAGUGGUAAGCUCGAAGCAACGGUGCAACUAAAUUAACAGGUGUUCUCGCUGAUCGUAGAAAAGAAAAUCCUUAGUUAUAUGAAUCAUCUCCAUUUUUUGUACAUGAAGACUUGGUUCUCUUAGGUGACAACUAUUCAAAAAAAGGCUAACAUUUUGAAGAACUAAAAUCUGUCUCUCAAGGGGUGUGGUGUGACAUUGUGGUCGGUUAUAUUUUGGCGAAGGAAAUGUACAUUGUGGAUAAACUCAUUUCUUGAUA